CUGUGCCCAACAUGCCGCGCCUCGGCCCUCUAUUCCUCCUUUCCCUCUCCGUCGCCCUCGCGGCUUACAUGCUCUCACCCGCCAUCCAAUCUAUCUUCGAGACGGUGGCCGCAAAACUGGCGGGCUACACGUCCAACUAUGCAGAUCUUGCGACUAUAAAGAAACCCCGGAUGCCGGUCUACUUCUUCUCCCACGGGGGCCCGGACGUAAUGUACAACAAAUCACACCCCGUAUACCCAACUCUUCAGCACAUCGGCGCAGAAAUCACCUCCCUUCGCCCUGCCGCCGUCCUCAUCUUCUCCGCCCACUGGCAAUCCCGCACCCCGGUCUCCAUCCUCGUCAACUCGGCCCCCUCCGCUCCUUUAAUCUACGACUUCUCCGGCUUCCCCCUCCACUACUACUCCGCAAAAUACCCAAACAUUGGCUCCCCCGCCCUCGCCGCCCGCGUUUGCACUCUUGUCGCCUCCCACGACAUCCCCUGCGACACCACCGAGCGCGGCCUCGACCACGGCGUUUGGGCCGGCUUCCACGUCGCUUUUCACCCGGACGAGAACCCCCUCGGCGUGCCCAUCGUCCAGGCCUCUCUCUUCCGUUCUGAGGACCCGGACGCCCAUUACCGCCUCGGCCGCGCCGUCUCCGCUCUCCGCGACGAGGGCGUCGUCGUCAUCGGAGCCGGCAUGUCCGUGCACAAUCUCCAUCACAUGGACAGCGGGCCGGAACCGUUGCCCUACGCCGUGAGCUUCGAUGACGCCCUCAAAGAGGCUGUCGAGGCUGGCGUCGACGAGAGGCAGGAGAAAAUGGCUCAGGUGUGCAGCCGCCCUGACGCCAAACAGGCCCAUCCGUGGAUGGACCACCUCAUGCCCGUCCACGUCGCCGCCGGCGCCGCCGGAGACGAUCUUGGCAAGCAGCUGUGGACCAUGAAAGAGGGCAGUUUCGCGUGGGCUCAGUACCGUUUCGGUCCCCUGCCGGGAUCGUAAUGCGGGUCGGUCACAGAAGCAGGUCCACAGCAAAUUGAUUGACAACGCCGUGCACAGGUAUUGACUCUCAUGACAUACGCCAGUCUACGAAACCAGAAUCAAAUGGUCUCUAUUACCAUUCAAUCCUCCACAAGGCAAUUAUUUCCUCGUGGUCCAUGUCUAGAGCAAUAAGUAUACGUGCGCCAUGUAUUAGGGGUUCCGCAACUUUCUGAAUCAUUAACUCCAUGCUUCCAUGUGGCAGUUUCUGCCUUCCAAUCAUGAAUAAUCAUUAUACUCAUCGCCGUAAUUAUUAUACCGGCGUCUUGCCCUCGGAGUAAUUCGGUCACCGCCAAAACAUUUGACCAUCAA